AUGCCCAAGACGAUCAAUGUGCAUGUGACCACCAUGGAUGCUGAGCUGGAGUUUGCCAUCCAGCCCAACACCACCGGCAAGCAGCUGUUUGACCAGGCUCAGAUGGUACAAGAAGACUUGGAGAAGACCCGUGCAGAGCUGAAGACUGCCAUGAGCACGCCUCAUGCCCUCAGUUCAGAGCUGGCCAAUGCCCAUGAUGAGUCCAAGAAGACUGCUAAUGACAUGAUUCAUGCUGAGAACAUGCGACUGGGUCGAGACAAAUACAAGACCCUGCGCCAGAUCCGGCAGGGCAAUACUAAGCAGCGCAUUGUUGAGUUUGAAUCUAUGUAA